GUAGCUGGAGGGAAGGGACCUGGAAGAGUUGGGAUUUUCACCAGAGAACUCUUCUCUCCAAUAGACACAGGAGGAGCACAAUCCCUCUCAAUCUCUCUGUGGGGGAGGAAGGGAAAGAUGGAGGGGUCCUUGGGUGCUGCACUGAGGGAGCAAUUGGAUUUGCUCUAGAGAAGCUCGUUCUCACUCUCUCACCUUCUCCCCCUCCUAUUAAUCCAACCUGAGACAUUGUAGGGGAGCUACUGUCAGAUCAAGGGGUCCCCAGGAGUGGCUGUGGGGGUUUCCCUUGAAUGUAAGAGACUGAUUUGCCUUCACUGGAGUCCCAUGCUUGCAGAAGAGCUUGCAAUCGCUGACAGGGAAUGAGCCCUUGGAUGAUCUGGAAAGAGUUUCACCAAUGGUCUCUGGCACAUAGCGGGGAUUGGAUCAACCGUCGGGAGCUGUUCAUGGGUGGACAAUGUCUUCCGCUUUGGAAUAAAAGAAGAUUUUAAUUCAAUAUUUUACCUGCAUUAUGUUAUUUUUACCAGCCUAACUGAUUUCUUACAAUGGUCCUCCACUUUAUCCUUUUACUUCUGCUGCUAAAGGAUGACGGCAAUGGGAAUGUUUGGUUUCUGGUGUCGGCACAGACCAAUGAAAGGAGGGUGGUGUCAUACAUGGCCGGUGACAUAAUUAUUGGUGCGUUGUUUUCGGUACAUCACCAACCCACUGUUGACAAGGUUCAUGAAAGGAAAUGUGGAGAAAUAAGGGAACAGUAUGGCAUACAAAGAGUGGAAGCCAUGUUACAUGCACUUGAUAGAAUCAACGCUGACCCAGCGCUGUUGCCAAACAUAUCUCUUGGGUGUGAAAUAAGAGACUCCUGUUGGCAUUCUGCGGUGGCUCUGGAGCAAAGUAUUGAGUUUAUCAGAGACUCCUUGGUUUCUUCCGAAGAAGAAGAAGGCUUGGUUCGUUGUGUUGAUGGAUCUUCUGCACCAUCCCGGGCAAAAAAGCCUAUUGUUGGAGUUAUUGGUCCUGGGUCUAGCUCCGUCGCUAUCCAAGUCCAGAAUUUAUUGCAGCUUUUUAAUAUACCUCAGAUUGCCUAUUCGGCCACAAGCAUGGACUUAAGUGACAAAACCCUGUAUCAGUAUUUCAUGAGGGUCGUACCCUCGGAUGCUCAGCAAGCCAGGGCUAUGGUGGACAUUGUGAAAAGGUAUAACUGGACGUAUGUUUCAGCAGUUCAUACAGAAGGCAACUAUGGGGAGAGAGGAAUGGAGGCAUUCAAAGACAUGUCAGCUAAAGAUGGCAUCUGUAUCGCUCAUUCCUACAAGAUUUACAGCAAUGCCGGUGAGCAGAGCUUCGACAAGCUGCUGAAGAAGCUACGGAGUCAUCUCCCUAAAGCCCGGGUGGUGGUGUGCUUCUGCGAGGGCAUGACCGUACGAGGGCUUCUGAUGGCCAUGAAGCGCCAGAAUCUGAUCGGAGAAUUCCUUCUACUUGGAAGUGACGGCUGGGCAGACAGGAACGAUGUGACAGACGGUUAUCAGCGUGAAGCGGUUGGUGGAAUCACAAUCAAGCUGCAGUCUCCUGAUGUGAAAUGGUUUGAUGAUUAUUACCUGCAGCUACGGCCAGAAAACAAUCUCCGAAACCCAUGGUUCCAGGAAUUUUGGCAACAACGGUUCCAGUGUCAACUGAAAGGGUAUUCACAGGAGAGUCAGAAAUACAACCGGACCUGCAAUAGUCGAAUGACUUUAAGAUCUCAGUAUGUUCAAGAUUCCAAAAUGGGCUUCGUAAUCAAUGCCAUCUAUGCCAUGGCUUAUGGACUACACAACAUGCAGACAGUGCUGUGCCCGGGAUACGCCGGACUCUGUGAUGCCAUGAAACCAAUCGAUGGUCAAAAACUUCUAGACUCCAUCAUGAAAGCCAACUUCACGGGAGUUUCUGGGGAUAUGAUCACAUUUGAUGAAAAUGGAGAUUCACCAGGAAGGUAUGAAAUCAUGAAUUUUAAGAAAAUGGGUAAAGACUAUUACGAUUACAUCAAUGUUGGGAGCUGGGAUAAUGGAGAAUUAAAGAUGGAUGAUGAUGAAAUUUGGUCCAACAAAAACUUGGUCAUCAGAUCAGUUUGCAGUGAACCUUGUGCAAAAGGACAAAUAAAGGUGAUCCGUAAAGGAGAGGUGAGCUGUUGCUGGACCUGCACUCCCUGCAAGGAGAACGAGAUUAUUUUUGAUGAGUACACGUGCAAGGCGUGUGAUCUGGGUUCUUGGCCUACAGACGAUCUGACAGGAUGUGACCCAGUUCCAGUAGAAUAUCUCCGAUGGAGUGACCCAGAGCCAAUCGCUGCCGUGGUUUUUUCAUGUCUCGGCUUGCUGGCGACAAUGUUUGUUAUGGCUGUCUUUGUUCUGUACAGAGAUACGCCGGUGGUGAAGUCGUCCAGCAGGGAGCUGUGUUACAUUAUCCUGGCUGGAAUCUGCUUGGGCUACUUGUGUACCUUUUCUCUGAUCGCAAAACCACAACAGAUUUACUGCUACCUACAAAGGAUUGGCAUUGGUCUCUCCCCGGCUAUGAGCUAUUCUGCCCUCGUCACCAAAACUAACCGCAUCGCAAGGAUCUUGGCUGGAAGUAAGAAGAAAAUCUGUACCAAGAAGCCUCGGUUCAUGAGCGCCUGUGCUCAGCUGGUCAUCGCCUUCCUCCUGAUUUGUAUCCAGUUGGGAAUAAUUCUCGCUUUAUUCCUUAUGGAGCCCCCAGAUGUUAUUUUUGAUUAUCCCAGUAUUCGGGAGGUGUACUUGAUCUGUAACACUAACAAUCUAGGGGUGGUCACUCCCCUUGGCUAUAAUGGAUUACUGAUCCUCAGCUGCACUUUUUACGCUUUCAAGACUAGAAACGUCCCGGCUAAUUUUAACGAAGCAAAGUAUAUUGCCUUCACGAUGUACACCACCUGCAUCAUCUGGCUGGCCUUCGUGCCUAUAUAUUUCGGAAGCAACUACAAAAUCAUAACCAUGUGCUUCUCCGUGAGUCUGAGCGCAACAGUCGCACUCGGCUGCAUGUUUGUGCCAAAGGUGUACAUCAUCCUUGCCAAACCAGAGCGGAACGUGCGAAGCGCCUUCACCACCUCCACAGUGGUCCGCAUGCACGUCGGAGACGGGAAAUCUUCCUCGGCCGCCAGCCGCUCCAGUAGCUUGGUUAAUCUGUGGAAGAGAAGAGGAUCAUCUGGUGAUACAUUAAGCAUUUCAUUUACUCCUGGGCCUACCCACUCCUAUUGUCAGCAGCCAAUCGGAAUCUCAAAUGGCAAAACUGUUACUUGGGCGCAGAAUGAGAAAAGCAGUAAAAGUCAACAUCUCUGGCAGAGACUUUCAGUUCACAUCAAGAAGAAGGAUAGCACCAAUCAAACGGCGAUCAUUAAGCCUUUUUCAAAAAGCAGCAGCGAAAACAGAUACAUCGGCACAUCUUUCCCCGACGCCAGUGCCAAAAUGUUAUAUGAUGUUUCUGAAGUGGAAGAACAUUAUCCAGUACAGUAUAGACCACAAACACCUUCACCGAUCAGUACUGUAAGCCAGAGAGCUUUAUCAACAACCCGCACAGAGGAUGAUAUUCCUUCAUUUCAUUCAGAUACGGCCCAAAGGAGUGGCUCCUCUCAAGGUUCCUUAAUGGACCAAAUCAGCAGUGUUGUGACCCGGUUCACGGCCAACAUCAGCGAGCUAAAUUCAAUGAUGUUGUCUGCAAAUUCACAAGGGACAAUGGUGCCCACACCUCUGUGUUCUUCCUACUUGAUCCCAAGAGAGAUUCAGCUGCCUACAACAAUGACCACCUUUGCAGAGAUCCAGCCUGCUCCUAACAUUGAUUUUAAUGGCGGGACACAGUCUAUCAGAAAGUCGUCAGACAGUGUCAAAGAUAACAGUCCAGAAGCAGCAGUAGUAAAACAAGAUAUUGAAGAGUUGGUUACUUUAACUCCACCAUCCCCUUUUAGAGACUCCAUUGACUCAGAAAGCACUUCCCCUAGUUCACCAGUUUCAGAAUCCGCUCUCUGUAGUCCAUCCUCUCCCAAAUAUGACAAUAUGAUCAUGAGAGACUACUCCCAGAGCUCCUCCUCGUUCUGAAUGUAAUUCAAAAAUAAUAUUGGAGACCAACAUCUAUGAAUAAGGGGUUGCGGUCGUGGUUUUGCACAGAUGUAAAAUACAUGCCCUUGGUAGCAGCUGAUGUUUGGCAAAACUUUCGGGCAGGGCAGAGUAGGAAUAAAAGUUCCACCACAAAAUACAGAGCAGAUAUCAUAUGAGUGGCCUUAAAAUAUGGUCUUUUAAGAGAAACUUUCAUGGAGUCAAAAAAAGAGUAUGAUAAGAGUAUGUAUUAAGUGCUUUGAUUUCAUUUAAGUUUGGCUGUACAGACAUUAAAAAACAAAAACAAAAUGGAACAGAAAAAAAAUAUAUAUUGUUUACUUAAGAUUUUUCUUCCCAGAAGUGAACCUUGAUCUUUUGUCAAUAUUAGAAGACCAAACGUGAAUGUACAUUAACUUCAGACUCAAAAUCUGGGACCAAAGUGGCAAGCAUUUUUCUAUGAAGAAACUGUAGCAAAAAAAAAACAAAAGCAGUAACUCAUAUCAAGCGACGAUGAAGCCACAUCGAUGUUUAUGUUAAGUCUAACGAGACACGGAGAGCUGACACGGAGCACUGAGUGACUGAUAUUUAGGGCUUAACAUGCAAUGUUGUUUAUGAAGUUGUCUUUUGUAACUAUUGAUCAUUCAUUAUUUUUAAAUCGUUUAUCUUUCAGAAACAUGGGACUUGGGGAAUUUAUUAGCAAGAAAAAAUUUUGUCUAUUUCACCGUGUUGCCAACAAUACUGAAGUAGCAAAAACAUUUUUUGGAGUAACGUUUUGUAUUUUUCCCUCAUAUUCGCGAGUUGUUUCGAUAAAUAUCUAUUUCUAGCAUUGGUUUAUUGAGCUAUACCUGCAUCCCGGUGAUUUGAAUGCUUUCUAAACAAAAGUACUUCUUUGCCUUCAUUUUUAUAACAAUCACUUGUAUUUCAUUGUU